AUGGCUCAGUACAAGGGCACCAUGCGCGAGGCCGGCCGGGCCAUGCACCUGAUCAAGAAGCGCGAAAAGCAGAAGGAGCAGAUGGCGGUGCUGAAGCAGCGGAUCGCCGAGGAGACCAUCAUGAAGUCGAAGGUGGACAAGAAAUUCUCUGCCCAUUACGACGCCGUGGAGGCCGAGCUGAAGUCGAGCACGGUGGGUCUGGUGACCCUGAGUGACAUGAAGGCCAAGCAGGAGGCCCUGAUGAGGGAGCGGGAGAUGCAGCUGGCCAAGAGGGAGCAGCUGGAGGCGCAGCGGCUGCGGUUGGAGGCGCUGCGCGAGCAGGAGCGCAGGCAGGAGCGCAAGCGCAAGAUCUCCAGCCUGUCCUUCUCGCCGGACGAGGGCGACGAGGGCGCCGAGGGCGCGGCGGCUGGGGAGCGGCCCAAGUCGGCGGAGAUGAGCAGGAGGAAGAAGCACCUGGGGAAGAACCCCGACGUGGACACGAGCUUCCUGCCCGACCGCGAGCGCGAGGAGGAAGAGAACCGGCUGCGGGAGGAGCUGCGGCGCGAGUGGGAGGCCAAGCGCGAGAGGGUGAAGCGCGAGGAGAUGGAGGUGACCUUCAGCUACUGGGACGGCUCGGGGCACCGGCGCACGGUGUGGAUCCACAAGGGCGGCACGGUGCAGCAGUUCCUGAAGAAGGCCCUGCAGGGUCUGCGCAAGGACUUCCGCGAGCUGCGCGCGGCCGGCGUGGAGCAGCUCAUGUACAUCAAAGAGGACCUGAUCCUGCCCCACUACCACACCUUCUACGACUUCCUCGUCACCAAGGCCCGGGGCAAGAGCGGGCCGCUCUUCAACUUCGACGUGCACGACGACGUGCGGCUGCUGAGCGACGCCACCAUGGAGAAGGACGAGUCGCACGCCGGCAAGGUGGUGCUGCGGAGCUGGUACGAGAAGAACAAGCACAUCUUCCCCGCCAGCCGCUGGGAGCCCUACGACCCCGAGAAGAAGUGGGACAAGUACACGAUCCGGUGACGCCCCCUACC